UCACACGAUGAAAGUUUCAUGUCAUACGGGGCAAAAUCUUUAGAAAUAGAUUAUCAUCCGCGUUGAAAGUCUUAUCUAUGGGAUUUGGUUAUAUAUACUGGCCUAAAAUCUGGGACUGGUUACAAUUAUUGCAUUUGCCUUCUCUAUGUCAUUGUACUUGGAGCUAUACUUCAUAUUUGGCACACGCAAUGUCUUCGCCAGUUGGUAUUAUGGUAGUCCUGUCGAUCAUGGUCAUAUUAGGACACAGUGCCCCAUGUAAGCAAGUUAUUGUUUGUGAUAAAUGUUCUUGUCGUUUUUUUUUUCUAUCAAAACCAGAAGUCGUUAGCACGACUGCAAUGCAAUAUAUGUUUAUGUUAAGUUCAUGGUAGGUAUCUUGUUCUAUUAAAUAUCCAUUUUAUUAAAACAUUCCAGCUGUCUUAUUCUAUCUAAAUAUAAAUUUUGCUUAAAACAUGCCAGCUGUCUCAUUCUAUCUAAAUAUAAAUUUAGCUUAAAACAUGCCAGCUGUCUUGUUCUAUCUAAAUAUAAAUUUAGCUUAAAUCAUGCCAGCUGUCUUAUUCUAUCUAAAUAUAAUUUAGCUUAAAGCAUGCCAGCUGUUUUGUUCUAUCUAAACAAAAAUUUAGCUUAAAACAUGCAAGCUGUCUUGUUCUAUCUAAAUAUAAAUUUAGCUUAAAACAUGCAAGCUGUCUUAUUCUAUCUCAUCAUAAAUUUGGCUUAAAACAUGCCAGCUGUCAAGUUCUAUCUAAAUAUAAAUUUUGCUUAAAUCGUCCAAUCUUUAUGAUGAUUGAAAUAACUGCAAUCGAUUAUUGUAUUUUUUACCCUUACAAUUAAAUUUAUUAAAUUCUAAGUGACAGGGACAUUUUUGUGUGUGUGUUUUAAGUGGACUUUCUGACCUCUCCUAUGACGUGAUUGCUUCAAUUGUCUAUGAAGUAUAUCCGCAUAAAAAUGUGUUAAGCUAUUUUGCAUUUGAUUUCAAUAUUGAUACAAGAUCAUUAGUAACUCGUUCAAGUUAUUUGACAAUUUAAAUGAUUGACUUAAAUAUGGAAAAAAAUUAAAUGUUAACUCUUAAUAGUCAUUUUAAAAUUUAAUAAUUGUCUUUAACAGAAAUUAAAAUCAUAGCAGACUAAUGGCACAAUGUCUUUUGUUCCGGCUGGUAACUUGAUUGAAAGUAUUUAAAUGCCUUAAUUUUUUUUUUUUUUAUAGAAUGAUGCACGUAACACAUACAAGUCUUUAACAAUUAGAUUGGUACAUUUUCAUUCGGGCUGAAUUGUUGAUAAGUUAUUUGUUUCACUUCAAUGAGAUGUUCUUUUUUGGUCAGCAUUUUAACGUUAUUUUCAAAAAAAAAAAUAAAGUGUUGAGUUGUGUGAUGAUGUGUUAGUUUAUAAUCGUAUUUAAUAAGACAAAAUAAAUACAUCCAGCCUUAUAGAAAUUAUGUCUUAAAAAUCUAAUUAGUAAACCAUGGGCUAACCAUAAAACUACUUGAAACUAUUUCAUUAAAGUUGACUCCUUGACCCACAUGUGUUCCUAUUGCUAGUGUAGCAUAAAAAUAUGUGGGUAAACAAGUUGAUCACUUGACCUACAUGUGUUCCUAUUGCUAGUGUAGCAUAUACAUAUGUGGGUAAACAAGUUGAUCACUUGACCUACAUGUGUUCCUAUUGCUAGUGUAGCAUAUAAAUAAGUGGGGUAAACAAGUUGAUCACUUGACCCACAUGUGUUCCUAUUGCUAGUGUAGCAUAUAAAUAUGUGGGUAAACAAGUUGAUCACUUGACCCACAUGUGUUCCUAUUGCUAGUGUAGCAUAUAAAUAUGUGGGUAAACAAGUUGAUCACUUGACCCACAUGUGUUCCCAUUUCUCUUAACGUGUCCUGAAAUAUCUGUUUCAACCACAGUUGACCCGGCUGUCGACUGUAGCGGUGGCGUCAUGUGCCUGGCCGUCUACAGACCCGUCUGCGGCUCUGACGGGAACACGUACAGCAACGCGUGUGAGUUGGGGGCAGCCAACUGCGCCAGCACCAAGGACGAAUGGAUAACAGUUGUUAGUCAAGGAGCCUGUGGGAAGUCGCUAUCUGAAGUCUGAAACUCAAAAUAAUGACGGUCUCGUACCAUGAACUGGUCGGUAACUUGAUAGACUUUGUGGAUUGUUUCCUACUGACUGUCGUACCGACUAACAAGCUACAAUUAAAAUAAAUUAAAAUAAAAAAAGGACAUAAAGUAUACUCUAAUAAUUUCUACUUUUUAUAAUUAAAAAAAAAAAAAUGUUAAGGAAAUUCAAAAAAUUGUACUAUUUUCCCAUAUGAGUAAAUAUUUAAUUGAAAGAAAAGAAGGGUCCUGAAAGAUUGAUUUCAAUUUGUUAACCCCGGAAACAAACUGCUAAGAUUGUAUAUGAAUUAGUGUAUAUGUAAGGAUUAGAGCAAAUGUAAGUUUGAGGGUGAAUGUAAUACUAUAAGGAUAAAUGUAAGUAUAAGGAUAAAUGUAAGGUUGAUGGUUAAUAUAAGGAUGAGGAUAAAUUUAAGGAUGAAAAUAAAUGUAAGGAUGAGGUUAAAAGUAAGGAAGAGGAUAUAUGUAAGGAUGAGGGUUAAUAUAAGGAUUAAUGUAAAUGUAAGGAUGGGGAUAAAUGUAAGGAUGAGGAUAAAUGAAAGGAUACAAUUAAAUGUAAGGAUGGAGGUAAAUUGAAAGAAUUAUGAUAAAUGUAAGAAUGAGAGUAAAUGUAAAGAGUAUGGCUAAUGUAAGGAUGACGAUAAAUAUAAGAAUGAUGAUAAAUGUAAAGAUGCGGAUCAUGUAAGUAUGAUGAUAAAUGUAAGGUUGAGGAUAAAUGUAAGCAAGAGAGUUAAUGUAUGAUCGAGGUUUAAUGUAAAGAUGAGUACAAACGUAAGGAUGAGGGGGAAUGUUAGGAUGCUAGUUAAUAUAAGUGUAAUGGUAAAUGUAAGGUAAUCGAUCAAUUUGAGGAUGAAGAUAAAUGUAAGGAUGAGAGUAAAUUUUAGGUUUAGGGUGAAAAUGAGGACGAGGAUAAAUAUAAGGAUAAGAGUAAAUUUUAGGUUUAGGGUGAAUAUGAGGACGAGGACAAAUAUAAGGAUAAGAGUAAAUUUUAGGUUAAGGGUGAAUUUGAGGAUGAGGAUAAAUGUGAGGAAGAUGGUGAGUGUACUGAUGACCGUUUCUAGAACAACGUUUUGUAUUGAGUGGUACAUGAAAGGCAUACAAAUGAUAUAGUUGAAUGAAUGCAUGCCUUCAAAUCUAACUCAAGAAUUUCCCUAACACAACACGUAGAUGCAUGUAUGUCUGGUUUAGUUUUAGCCUUUUAAUAUGUUUAAAUUAUGGGAGUACUUAAAAAAAAAAACACACUCUUAAUUUAAGACUUUGAAUGUCACAAACUGCAUUGGUUUAUGAAUGACAGCUUAGUCAAACAUAAAACACGACAAAGCAAUGAACGUAAAAAAACUAUAAUAUAAGUGGGGAAAAUGCAGACUCUUAAUUUGAACUUUUGACUCAUCUUCUGGUUCAAAGGUCAAAAUCCCCCUUAAAAUCCCAAGUGAAUUGGGUCAUUUCUCUUCAGCAGAAUCCCUGCGUACUUGACACACACAAGAAAGGGAAGUAAAUAAUACAUUUAAACAAUAUUGUCCAAGAUCCCAAACGACUCAGCAGUUGGCGGACACCUGGACAUAUUGAAUGGUCGUUUACGCCAUCCAAUCCCUCAAUAAUUUCUUUCAGCAAUCUCGCGG